AUGAGCGUUACAAACGAACAAAAGCAACUUCUUCAAUCAACAGUUAGCGCUGUGCGAGAGCAAGGUAAAAGCAUAUCAACAAAAUUCUAUGAAGCGCUGUUCCAAAAUAAUCCAGAAUAUCGCAAUUUUUUGAAUGAAACAAAUGUUAAAUCAGGAAAGCAAGGUGCAGCAAUUAUAGAGACCGUCUGUUGUUUCAUUGAAAACAUUGAUAAUUUGGAUGUAAUGAUGCCACAGAUGUCACGUCUUUCUAGCAAACAUCGAGCUGUUACUGUCCAACCAGAGCACUAUCCAACUCUUGGCAAGCACUUAUUACAAACAAUCAAAGAACACCUGGGCAACAAAGCAACACCAGAGGUAAUGACUGCAUAUGAAGCUCUUUUAGGUCUUAUGUCAUCAAUCUUCAUCAAGCGGGAGAAAGAAUUGUACUCUCAGCUUGGCAAUGAUAAAGGCUUUAUUCCAUUCAAUAUUACCAAGAAAGAAACCAUCUCAAGUGGAUCGACAUGUGUUUUCACAAUGCAACGUCAAGAUGGUGGAAAACCUUGGCCUUAUACUGUUGGACAAUACAUUACAAUUCGUAUUGAAAAAGAUAGUAAACUCCAGCAUGGACACUAUAUGCUUCUUGAACCAGACAAUGGCAGCACCUAUAGCAUAGCUUGUAGAGAAGGACAUGUUGAUCAGAAUAUAAUUGUCUCAGAAGAACUGAUUCGCAACCGCCAAGUUAAUAGCACAGUUUUAGUUUCAGGUCCUGCUGGUAGUUUUGGACUCGUCAGUGAUGCCGGCCAUCAUUUAUUUAUCGCUGGUGGUAUUGGUAUUGCUUCUUUGAUGGGAAUGAUCAAUGCAUUGAAUAGACAAGGAAAAGCAAAUUUGACAACAGUAGUUCAAUGUGUACAAAGUCAAGAUCGUGCUGCCUUUGCUGAUCAAUUACAAAAUAUGCUUCCAAAAGGUCAAUACGUAAUGUUAACAAAAGAUACUCCAAUUUCAAAGAAUCAUCUUGAAGGCAAAUUACAACAAGGCACUCAUGUCUAUGUAUCCGGCUCGGAAACAUUUUUGGAUGCAGUCGAAAAUGUUCUUGCACAGGCUGGUGUUCAAAGAUCUAAUAUUCAUAUCAAAUCAAUUGAACCAACAGUUGGCUUAUUAAAACAUUUGUUCAAAAAAUAA